UUCUCGUAAAGCUCCCCAUGGUAUUCUUGCGCCUGAAAUUUACGGGAAUAAAAUGCUUGGAAUAUUUCUUUCAGAAAAUUAUGUAGAUCUAUUCACUUUGCGUUGAUUACGUAAUUGUCACAUAACUAAAGCCCGGAAACGAGGCCGGCUAUUUUCUAUUAUCAUGAAACAAUGAAUGGCGGAUUAAUGUUGUUUUGGUGAAGUUAGGCCGAAACUACGAGAAUGGAUUUUGGCGAUUGUGGGUUAAAUACUGACCUUUGCUUUAACCGUCUGAAUUGAAGGGCAUUGAUAACGGUUCUGAGCGCAUUACAAAACCAGAGGUAAGAUGACAAGCUCAUCUUUAGAAGCUACAAGUUUGGUUGAGCCGAUAUCUAAAAGGACCGGCCCACUGGUAUCUGCUAUGGAUGAAGUUGACAAAUUGCAAGGACUUUUUCGCCAAGAGACCUCAUACAAAAGCUCUUCUGAUGACCUAUUUAGUGAGGAGGAUUGUGUUGGUUCCCAUUGGUUUUCAAAACAAGAGGAGCUGGUAACUUGUUUACUUAAGAUGAAAGACCUAAUGGAAGAGGCUGAAUUAGAAAGCAUGCGUCUGAAGGAGGAGAAGAAAAUGUUAACAAAAAGAAUUGGGGAGUCGUUGGUAACGGUCAACUCGGAGAUGGACGCUCUUAAAAAGCAAUUACGUGACCAAGAUAUGAUGUUAAAAGAAUUAGGAGCAACGCCAAUGUCUUAUUCAGGUCAUGAAGCUGUAAAAUCGGCAGAUUAUAAAUCAGGAUUGUCUGUUCUAGUCGCAGAGCAAACCGAACAAAUCAUUUCUCUUCAGAAGAAACUUUUGACCUACGAACAAGAAAACAGCGAUUUACGAAAGCGCAUUUAUUCUGGAAAAACGUCUGAUGAUGUCAAUUGUGACAAUUGCAACCGACUCAGGGAGUAUGCUGGUGGUUUGGAAAUCAAGCUACAAAAGCACAAAGACAUGCUGACAGGAAAAAGAAAGGAAAUCAAGUCUUUGAAAUCAGAGAAAUUAGAGCUGUUAGAUCAGAUGAAACAGCUCUAUGGCACACUUGAAGAUAAAGAAAAAGAGCUACGGGACUUCAUUAUCAAUUAUGAACAAAGAAUGAAAGAUGGCGAGGAAACAAUCCAAGGGCUUAUUGCAGACAAGAAAAGAGUGGAAUCUGAGCGCUGGAAUUUUCUUCAAAGAGCUACAGAAAGUUCAGAAAGAUGUAUAACAUUGAAAACAGAGCUUGAUAAUCUUCAAGAUCAAUUGAAAGGUAAGGAUGGAGAAUUAAAGGCAAAAGAUAAAGAAUUACAGAAGUUAAGUCAGAGCAACACCCAUGAAGAAUCAAUGGUGGAAUUUUUCGGCCUUUUUGGGAGGCAGACAUCUGGAACAUCAAGGAGUUACAUAACAUCUGAUACAGAAGAAACGACAACGAAUUUAUCCUCAGUUUAUCAAAAUCAAGAAUCCAUUGAGCAGAAUGUGUUGUCGCAUGAAUCUUCCAUCAGAAGGCCACAGCAGCUGACGAUAGAUACAAAUCUAGGUCAAGAUGACCCCAUCCUCGCUUGUUCCACACCUGUGGCGCCCUCAGGUUCUGACACGCAGUACCUAUCGCUUGGGACACCUGACAUGGCGCGCGAGGAAACCACCUCUUCCAAAGAACGCGUGAACAGUUCGUCGUUCUCUUAUGACAAUUUCGAGCUACGCGCGGACAAGCGUUCAGCCUCUUCAGAGCUACCACGGCCUGAUGAAAGAAAAUCACCUGUUGUCCGUCGUGCAUCGUCGUUUAAACGUAAAGAAACGCCGCACCGGUCUCAGUCUCAAAGAUACGAAAAGUUCAAGCGAAUAGAAUCACCAAAAUCACACAGCAACGAUGAAGGAAAACCUAAAGAACCGGUUGUCUCGAAUGGUGCGGUUGUGCGGAGACAAAGCUCAACAAAUAGGAGGCCUAGAACCUUUCAUCCAGAUCUCUUUGACAGUAUUCAAAGUACUGCAGUGCCAGUGUCACCAGCAGAAGAAGUCAAACCAGAGUUCCGGACACCGCAACUGCGCGAGCCAAGAUCGCCGCGCCGCAAGACACUUGGCGGAACACUUUCACGAAUGUUUGGUAGAGACAAAGAUAAAGGCAGGGAUGAAUUAGGCUCCGGGUCGAGAUCCCCCGAAGAAGAAUGCUACGAUAAAUGGCAUGUAUGGGACUCACUUCAGCGUACCCCUGUACCGCUGUGGAAAUCACGUGAUGUUGUUGUUUGGCUCGAAAUUGAAUGUUGUAUGCCGAUGUAUGCAAAAUCCUGUGCGAAGAACAUAAAAAACGGGAAAAUGUUACUGCAGUUAUCGGACCAGGAUUUGGCUGCUGCGCUUGGUAUUACGAAUGCAAUGCACAAGCUAAAAGUCAGAAUGGCCUUAGAUGCUUAUAGAUACCCUGAAAGGCGAAACGUCAAGCUUUCCAAACUUGAUCACAUGUGGAUUGCCUUCUCUUGGCUCAAGGAUUGUGGCCUGUCUCAAUAUUCUGAGAUCUUUGAGAAAAACCUGGUCGAUGGCAGAAUGCUAAGCACGUUCACAAAGAAGGAACUGGAAAAAUUGUUUUCAAUCACGAAGAAGUUUCACCAGAUCAGCUUCUUGUGCGGUCUUCAACUUUUAAGGAAGAUGAACUUUGAUAAAGAGGCCAUGAAUCUACGAAGAACAAACUGCGCCGAUGCAAAUAUUGACAUAUUAGUAUGGACCAAUGAGAGGCUGGUCAAAUGGGCAUGCUCAGUGGAUUUAAAGGAGUACGCUGAGAACCUUCGCAACACCGGUGUGCAUGGAGCAUUGAUUUCGUACGAAGAAACAUUUACAGUAGACACUAUGGCAAGCGCACUUGGGAUUCAAAUAGGAAAGAGCGCGAUUUACCGACAUUUUGUAACAGAAUUUACUCCAAUUCUAAAAGCAGCAAGGGCCAAAGUGAAGGCAGACGAUAAGCUGAAAAAUGGAAAGCAUAAAAGCUCUGGAUUAAGUCGGUCGUUUAGUUUGCGUUGGUCGCGUCGAGAACGAUCGAAAAGGCUCACGUCUUCGAGAUCAACUGGUAACAUAAAUGGCAACUCGGAACCUCCAAAAGAUGCAAACGAUAGCCAGGAUGGUAAUGUUGAGCGCAAGGGAAGCAGGCAAGCCACAUUGCUGUGAUUCUUGUAAAUAUCUUUCGUGUCAUGUCUCUUUCUAAGCUUGCAUACGUAUUCAAACGGGAUUAUACGUACUUACCCACAAGGGGGAGGGGGGCUUUAGAGCAUAGGUGUGCUGCACAGGAAUGAAGAUAUUGCUGUUUGGAGGCAUGUUCAUUGGAAACGAACUUCAAAGAUGGGAGACAUUGCCCCAAGUCCCACCGCAUUUGCCAAUCUCUAUGACUGGAUUCAAACUCUCUCAAACAAAAGAGGUUCAGCAAAGACAAUACCAUAUACCCCCGACCGACUCAGCCCUACAAUAUCUAUGUUAUUUAAUGCACUAAUAACUAGUUAGUAUUCUUGUAUUUUCGAAUGCACAGAUAAGCUUUAUAGAUAUAAACACGGAACAGGGGUUUUACUCUAAGAUAACCGUAAAUUUUACCGUUUUAUGGUAACUAAAAGAGACUACAUGUAGAUUAUAUGGGAACGAAAGCAUUCCAGUCAAGUAUCCCUUCAGUUUAUUGAUUUCCAUUUGAUAAAAUAAAUUUGUCAACUGCUUGUUUCUGAAUUUCUGUUACUCGCAGCGGUGGUUUUAGGGACUUCAGGGCCUUGAGCCGAAAUCAUCUGUAAUGCUCUCGCUCUCUACAAAUUUAAUUCUUUCUUUGGGUGCAAGCCUCUUCUGGCCUUCAAACGCACUGGACCUGGGGCCGUGCUCCUUAGUCCUACCUAAAACCGCCACUGUGUAGGUAGUUCAUCGCCCCAAAUUUAUCUUUCGUUCCAAGUUCGAAUAAGCUCUUUUCGUAUGGUCAUUAGGUUGUAACAUUUGGCUGUUUGUGAAACAAGAUACUGUACAGAACUUUGAAACUUUCAUCAAGCUUAUAACUGAAUGGUGGUAUGGCGAUUCGAAGGGUACAUUGCCCCCUUUCCCUUGUGCAGGCUCUCUCUUUUUGCAGCUGUUUAUGUGCGGUCGUUAUCUAUCGCCUUCGAGUAGAAAAAGGUCAUAAGCGAAUAAGUCAAGACAUUCCAUUCCCCCUUAAGCACACACCUACCCACUGUAGUCAAUAAACGGAUAUCACUGCAUAUUAUUUUGUACUAUAGGCAGAGGCAAGGGUUAUCAAUUUUCUUUUUUGGUUCCCUUUUAAACCAAUUGUCUGCUCUAUAUUGACACGUUUCCUGGUGCUUUUGAGACUAGUUUUAAUUUUAUGGGAGAAGAGUUAGGCAUAUGUUGUUUCCCGUUAGAUUCUAUCAUAUUAAAGUAAUGGAAAAGGGGGAAAUUUUGGAGCUUUCUGCUUCUGACGGCUGUAUUUUUUCAAUGGCAGCACAAGCUCCUAUGCAGUAAGGGGAAUAAAUGGGGGAAAGUUUUUCACCACACCCUUUUUCAAAGCCAGGGAAAGUAGCAUUUUAACAUUGUGUUAUUUUCUCUAGAUAUAUGUGAAAGGAAAUUAACCUACCAUUUUCUAGUUCCCUUUUACCAAGUUUAAGAAUAAUUUUGGAUACUAAUUUGGCCUAUCCCCCUUCAACCAUACCCCCUUCUUUGACUCCAAUAUGAGAAUUGACCCUAGCUGAAACAAUUAUGAUCCAUCCAGAAGAGUUUCUAUUGGAUAUUAAUGCAGAAUUGACAAUAAACUGCUAGCCCAAUAGCCAGUUUUUAUCAAAAAGGACCGAACUUUUAUAUUGAUGACUUUGUUUGAAAAUUUAACUGUAUCUUGUUGUGGAGAUUUAACCUUAAUACUACCAUAGAGACCUGGAUAAGCAUGUCAAGUUUUGAUAUAGUUGAAAAUAACUGAAUUCAACUGAACCCUAUUAAUAGUAACAUUUCCAUGCAGUGGCGUACCCAGGGCUGUAGCAGUGGGGCGGGGUCUAGGGCGCAGCCCCCAGAAAUUUUUUGGACCACGCCCUUCAAACACUCGCAAAUGCGGGGGAACGCCCUUUUUGCAAAAAUUUUCCCCAUUAUUUGAUCCAUUUCAGCUAUGGUAAAUAGCAAAGUAUUUUACAAUUGUUAUUGACACAAGCAUACAGUAUACUCCCCCCCCCUCCCCAAUGAGUUUUACAUCGUUUUUGGACAAAUAUCGAGGACCAUAUUUGAGGAAAGUGGGGGGUCCGGACCCCCUUUUCUCCCCCCUUGGGUACGCCACUGUUUCCAUGUCCUACACAUUUGCAUAAAUGGGUAAUAUAUUAUUUACAUAUGUAGCUAUUCAUACAACUUUUUAAAGAGUUUAGAGGAAACUGUUAGCUAUUAUUUAUUAGGAUAAUUUUAGCAAUAGAAUAUUUGUAAUUUAUGUUUUUGAUGGUUUAGCAUUGAACAUAACUCUGGUUGC